CUUCAAAGAAUAUACUAGUACACGGAUUUAUAGUACAAUUCAAAAUGUUCACGAAAUUUUUCGUUGUCGUUCUUACCGCGAUGCUGAUUGGAAAUAGCCAGCAAGAAUCUGCAGGAACGGGCGGCAGCGCUGGAGCAGGAUUUGGAGUAGGCGCUAGUGCUAACAUGGGGGCUAAUGCUGGAGCAGGAUCAGCAGGCAAUGCUAGUGGUGGCGCUGGCGCUAGCGGAGGUGCAGGCUUCAAUGCUGGGUUCGGAGCCAACGCAGGCGCAGGUGGACAAGGACAAGGCAGUGGAAAGUGAACUAUAAAUGUGAAUUACUACGAUAAUGUUACUUUUACGUAAAAGUAUACGCUUUUAUUAAACGCACUGAUUUCUG